AUGAACGAAGCUUCAGACAAGCCUCCCAGCAGUGAGGUCCAGCUCGCCACAGCCGCCCACGUCAAAUAUAUCCAGGGCCUCAACUCUCACCAGGAUGCCUAUGAGUUUUGGCUGACUGAGCACUUGCGCCUCAACGGCCUCUACUGGGGUCUGGCCGCGCUGCAUUUUUUGGGCCGUCCAGAGGCUCUUCCCCGCGAUGAGACUAUUGAUUUUGUGCUCUCAUGCCAGCACGACAAUGGUGGCUUCGGCGCUGCUCCGGGUCACGACGCUCACAUGCUGUACACCGUCAGCGCCAUACAGAUCCUCGCCAUGGUUGACGGCCUGGACGCUCUCGAUUCGCGGGGAAAGGGCAAGGCUACGGUUGGAAAGUUCAUUUCCGGCCUGCAAAACCGCUCAACCGGCACCUUUUCCGGCGAUGAGUGGGGCGAGGAAGACACUCGCUUCCUGUAUGGCGCGCUGAACGCCCUGUCCUUGCUCGGUAUGCUCUCUCUUGUCGACGUUGGCAAGGCCGUCGAGUACGUCGCCUCAUGUGCCAACUUUGACGGCGGCUACGGUUCUCGUCCUGGUGCCGAGUCCCAUGCGGGUCAGAUCUUCACCUGUCUGGCCGCCUUGUCCAUCGCCGGCCGCCUCGACUUGGCUGAUGCCGACAAGCUUGGCCGCUGGUUAAGCGAGCGCCAGAUCGUGGGUGGCGGGCUUAACGGCCGCCCGGAGAAGAAGGAAGACGUCUGCUACAGCUGGUGGGUGCUCAGCAGCCUGACACUCAUCAACCGUCUCCAUUGGGUCGACCGCGACCAGCUGGUGGCCUUUAUUCUUCGGUGCCAAGACCCAGAGGACGGUGGCUUUGCUGACCGGCCCGGCAACAUGGUCGACGUAUGGCACACCGUGUACUCUGUGGCUGGCCUAAGCCUGCUCGACUAUCCCGGGCUGGUGCCCGUGAAUGCUGCAUAUUGCAUGCCCAAAUUGACAAUUGCCCGUGUUGUUGGGCCACGGGGAGACGCUGAGUCUGACUGA